UUUCCUAACUGAUCUUCAGCAUUUUUGCUUUGGAUUGUGUAAUUUUAAAAUGAAAGGUUUCCAUCGGGGUGAAGAGGAUAGGGAGAAUGGUAGAAAUCAUGGGGAAAUGAUUGUAUUAAUUAGCUGUCUUUCUGCGGCUGUCCCCAUGGAGACAAUUUGUGAUGGCAAAGAAUGCAAGGAGGGGAGGCUGAUGCCUGAUUGGGAUGCUUUGUAUUUGGCAAAGUGGCUUCUGAUUGGCCUGGGAGAGCCCCGAACUCGCUGGAGUCGAUAUUCAUUCAGCUUGCUCAAGUGCUUGCUAAACUACAUCCAAACACUGGCGGGCCCUGGCUGCCUCCGCCGAGGUUGGCGGUGUGUAACCUGCCUAACGAGAUUAGCGGGGAAGGGGCUCUCUCUUCUCUCUUCUCUCUCUCUCUCUCUCUCUCUCCCCUCCGCAGCGACGCUGCCGCCAGCACCGGUGAGAAAAGCUGCUGCGCGCCGGGUUUGCCUGAAGAAGGAUUAUAAACUUUUCAUGGGAAAUUCUGCACGGUGCAUUCAGUGAGAUGGCAUCGGACAGCGAGGUAAAAACUCUACUGAACUUCGUUAACCUGGCUUCGAGCGACAUCAAAGCGGCUCUGGAUAAAUCAGCUCCUUGUCGCCGGUCGGUUGACCACAGAAAAUAUUUGCAGAAGCAGCUCAAGCGGUUUUCGCAGAAGUACUCGCGGAUCCCACGGUGUCACCCCAGCAAAGCCCCUGAGUGCGGCUGGCGCAGGGGGGCAGAGGACCGGGCCCGCGGCCCCCAGCCCGAGGCACCUGAGCCCAGCCCCCACGGCGGGGCUGCCGCCGACAAGGUGAUGCAGACAGCCGAGGCAGAGGAGAGCCUCACCGGGGAACGGGUUUUGCAGGAACAAAAGCCCGAGGCUGCCCGACCGGACCAGGUGCCCAUGAGGAAGCGACAGCUCCCCGCGUCCUUCUGGGAAGAGCCACGGCCGGCCCAGAGCCUGACGGCCAGAGCCUUUGCUGCCAGCCCUGAGGGGCUCCAAACCCCCAGAGACCCUCCUCCCUAUGAGGGGAAGAAAAGCAAAAGGAGCCCAGACGCUGCUGGCCCGGAGAGCCCCCCUGACACUGCCCCACAUGCCGGGGAGAAGGACCCCGCCGGGCCCCUUUCGGGCCGAGUGGGUGCUUGGACCUGCUGCCCCUUCCCCUGCCCCGGGCCAGGCGUGUACCAGCCCCCGGGCGCGCUGCCCCCGUCGCCCUUCCCGGGGCUGGGGCUGUGGAGGAAGAGUGCGGCCACGCUGCCGGCGGAGGUGCCGCACUUCUGCAAGGAGGCCGAUGGCCAGGGGCAGAAACUCUACAGGCCCAUGGUUCUGAAACCCAUCCCUACCAAGCCCGCCAUCCCCCCUCCCAUCUUCAAUGUUUUUGGGUAUCUUUAGCGGGGCGGGUGUGGGAGUCAUGCCGAACACGACAGCUCCCGAGGGGGGUUUGAAAGGCCCGGCCAGCCCUCGGGCAUGAGCCGCUGGCAG